AGCAAUAACUUUAAACAAGCUCAUUUCAUUAUUUUCUGGCAGGUAAAGUCUUAGGAUGUGAGAAUAUCCCUCUUCAAACAUAAGAAAGAAAACGUGUUAAGGCAGUGGGCCAAUAAACAGCUCCUGUUUCCCCCGUAUCUCAAGGGGUGGAGCUCCCGAACCCCCAGGAGUAAGGGAAGUCCAAAGGAGUUAAAUACCGGGGCCGGCUCAGCCCCGGACAGACUGCAGUCCAGGCACCUCAGUCACCAUGAAGGCUCUCCUUGUGCUGGGGCUCGUCCUCCUCGCUGUCGCUGUGCAGGGCAAGGUCUGGGAGAGAUGCGCGCUGGCCCGAAAGCUGAAGGAACUCGGAAUGGAUGGCUACAGGGGAGUCAGCCUGGCCAACUGGAUGUGUUUGACCAAAUGGGAAAGUGAUUAUAAUACGGAUGCUACAAACUACAACCCCUCCAGCGAAAGCACCGAUUAUGGGAUAUUUCAGAUCAACAGCCGCUACUGGUGUAACAACGGCAAAACUCCACAUGCAGUGAACGGCUGUGGCAUCAACUGUAACGUUUUGCUGGAAGAUGACAUCACCAAAGCUGUACAAUGUGCGAAGAGGGUUGUCAGGGACCCUCAAGGCGUUAGAGCAUGGGUGGCAUGGAAAAACCACUGUGAGGGCCACGAUGUGGAGCAGUAUGUUGAGGGUUGUGAUCUGUAACUGUGGAGUUUCCUUCUUCAGCUCAUUUUAGGCAGAUGAGCUUGCAAGUAUGGAAAUAAUUGCUAAUUAACCACAGAUGUGAAAUCACGCAUGCUGUUAAAAAAAUACAAACACUCAUUAAAAGCUUUGCAAGUCAUACCUUGUCUUUCUUUUUUAGACCCUUUUAGUGUCUUUGACGAAAAAAAUAUGUAUGUAUAUAUUUGGGAAAAAUGAUUUGGCACUUUAGUAUUUGCUGAAUCCUCACCUGUACGCAAAGAGCUGGAUACUGCUAGAGAGAAACCCCUGAGCAUGCUGACAGGUCUCACUUGAAACUCAUAACCACAGAUCUCACGUGGGCCCUCCAGUCUCCCCGGCCACCUGAAUCACUUCUCUGCAGCCCUCUGUCUGAGUCCCCACUCUCCAAAGUGACCAGCACUGUUUCACUUCUCCUCUCUUCAAAGUCCCAGCACACACGCCCAACCACUCACCUUCUCCCCGCUCUCAUCUCAGUAGAUGGCCGGCCGCAGGGUACCCUGGGAGAAGAGGAGCAACUCAGGCCAAGCCCUCCCCUCCCGGCCACCAUAACAGAGGCCACAUCUCCCCUGGGCCCCUCCCCUCUCCCUUCCCCGCUAUAACUCGGUUGAAGGACCUCUGCUCCUGCCAGUGGCAGUGUCCCCACAUGCAACCUCCACCACAGCCCCCUCACUCCUCCAAUUGAGGCUGAGUGUGUCCUGCAUCCUGAGUUUCUCCCUCUUUGCUGGAUCAGCCCCCUCAUUGUGCAAACUGCCCCGGUAUCCUUCCCUCUUACAAAGAACUCUCUGUUGACUCUACAUAACCUGCAAGUACCACAUUGUUCUCCGCUCCCUUUGACAGCAACACUUCUGGGACAAGAUAACUCUAUUCACCAAGUCCAUGUCCUCACACCCUUUCUCUUUUCAACCCUUCCUAAUCUGACUGCUCUCCUCACUCAGCUGAAGACUGCUCCAACGUGACUCCUCCUAUGACUCCUUGGGGCCAACUCUAGGGACCACCUGUUCUCUGUUCAUCUUGCUUGAUCUCUCAGCAGCAUCGGACAAAUUGAACCACUUCAUCCUUCUAGAAAACUCUUUCUCCCUCAGCUUCUCAUUUACACCCUGCCUCUCCGAUGUCUUCUUCUCAGUCCUUGGCUGGCAGUUUGUCCGCUAUUUAAUUUCUAACUGUGGGUGUGCCCCCGGGCUCAUGCUUGUAACCAUUUGCUAGGCUACAUGUUUUUCUUAUGUAUUUUUUUGUCUUUUCUUGCUGAAAUAUAAAUUCCAAAAGAACAGAGCUUUUUCCCCCCACUUUUUUAAAGACAUUGAGGGAAGGAGGGUAUAGCUCAAGUGGUAAGUGUGCAUGCUUCCACGUAGGAGGUCCUGGGUUCAUCUUCAGUGGAUCUUAGGCAGAGUCCCAUCUAUGUAGGCAUGUGACGCCUUCAUCUGUUCAGUCAUCUUCAAAAACAGUAAACGAUAACCACUGUUUGUUGUGCAAGGUAAAAUUUUAAAAGGAACGGAAUGGCAAAUGACUAAACGUGAAGACAAUCUGAAUUAAGAAUUUUGUUCCUGGGUUCAGUGGAGGAGGUACUGGGUUCCUCCACUGAAAUAAGUAAUUAAGUAAAUAAACCUAAUUACUUCCCACCUGCUAAAAAAAAACAAA